CACUCCACAGUGCUCGGAGCACACAACGGGACAGGACGGGACAGAGCAGUGCUGUGAGGAGCCCCACACAGCACACUCGUUCGUGUCUGACCCGGAGCCUUUCCGAGGUGUUAUUCCUGCAGCUGACCUCGAGGCCAGACCACAGGACUUGCUGACCCGUGGCCUUCCCGAGGCUUCUCUACUGCAGGUGCCCUCGAGGGCAGACCGUGGGCCUUGGUGCCCCAGAGGCAUCUCCCAUCCCUGCCGCCAGUGCCCUCGAGGCCAGACCACCAUCCUUGACAGGACUCUCCUGCCCUUGUGGCAGGAGCCCUCCAGAGCAGAGUGCAGGACGUGCUGUCCUGUAGCCCUCCUGAGGCUUCGCUCUUGAAGGUGCCUUCCAGGCACGACUGCAGGACUUCCUGACUUGGAGCUUUUCCGAGGCACCUCUCCUGCAAGCAGCCACAAAUCUAGUCAGAGACAUGGAGCAGAGACCCAAGCUGGCCUGGGUGGAGGAAGAGGAAGAAGGCCCUGGAGCUGCCCCAGCACAGGAGAUGGAAGAGGUGGUGCUGUUCAAGCCACUGCAGGAGAAUGCAGCCGUGGAGCGCACACAAGAGCAGCAAUCCAGCCGUGGCCUCUUCCACAGAACAGCACAGCUGGUUUGCAAAUUAAUCAGGAGAAUUCGGGAGGAAGAGACCAGCACCGUGGGCACUGGGCUCAGAGCAUACUCGCACAUCUUUAAAACCAAGACCAGUGCUGCCCUGCUGGAUAUGCUGGUAGAGGAGGGCUUUUGCAAUCCAAAGCAAGUGCCCGCCAUGGUCAGGUACAUCCACCAGUGGCUCACGGCCAAUCAGUUUGCUGAGCACAGGCUGAACAGGACCCUGCUGGAUCUCACCGAAGCACAGCCCGCUGACGUACUGGUGACGCUCCUGCGUGUGGCCCCAUCCUGUGACAGAGCUGCUCUGACCAUGUGGAAGAGCAUCAUGUGCUCGCCCAGGACUGCGGAGCCUGCGCUGCUGAUACUCCUGGAUGUGCUGGGGAGCUGGCCCGAGCACAGCAUGUGCACCUCCGAUGGGGACAAAACGGGUGUCUUGGCCCUGGCUGCCACUGUGGUGAUGUGGAAGAUCCUCCAGGUUCCCUGUGUCCCACACGUGGUGACGGUGUAUUUCCCCCGCCUCUUUGUGCAUCUGCUCUUCCAAGUGUUCUUCACCACUCUGGAUAUGCCAGAGGAGGUGGAUACCUUCUGGAAGGGAUGCCAAGAGCAAUAUGACCUUGCCGCCAGCCCCAACAGGUUUGCAGUGCGGACCCUGAAGUCCCUGCUCUGCCGAAUGCAGCACGAGGAUGUGGUGGUGGCGAUGGAAGCACCAGCGUGUGGCUGGGACACGCUGCUGUGUGCUGACACCCACCACUAUGCCGUGGCUCUGCUGGCCAGGGAGAUGUCCUGUGUCUCCAUCUCCUUGUGCUCCCGCAUCGCUCGCUACCUGCUCCGGCUGCUCAGCACACAGGAGCCACGCUGGGAGCUGCCCGCCCUGGCCUUCCUUGCGGAGGUCCUCGAGUUCCUGGACUUGAGUGAACGCGGUGCUAAGAGAGUCCUGCAAAUCUUGUCAAGGCACCUGCGGAGCGAGUGCAGGGAGAGGCGUCGCCUGGCACUCAGGGCCCUUCUCGAGUUCACUGACGAGCCCUCCAUGGACACAGAUGGAGAGAUAGUUUGCAUGACGGUCAUGCUACUCAGCUUUAUUAUUUUGGACAAUGACACGCUGAUAGCCGGCCCCAUCACACUGCAGCUGGUUGAGGCGCUCCUGCCACUCUUUGACCACGACAAUAACCAGGUGCAGGUGCUCUCCAUACUCCUCUUCCGAACAUUGGUGACUCUUCCACAGAAAAAGGAAAAAAAGGCCCUGAAGACACCCCUGCGCCAGAGCCUGCUGCCACUCUUCUUCCACUGCCAUGAUGAGAAUCGGCUUGUGGCACAGCUCGGCCCCAGCCCCGCCCGCUGCCCCGGCAGCGCCGUCCGGGCCCGGCACCCCGGAGCUCCACCUGGGCUCGGCGCUGCUGCCGGCCUCUGGCAGCCGUGCCCUCGGGCGGCAGCGUGCGGCGUGGCCCGGGCUGAGCCCUGCCGGGCCAGCAGGGCGUGUGGCCACAGCGCCAACAGCGCCGCUGGCAGGGAGCUGUGCCGCUGGCGCCCCCUUGAACACCUGGCAGAGGACAUCAGCAGUGCCGUGUCAGACGCGGCACUUCAAACGUUGGAUGUCCUCCGGGCACUGCAGAGUAAGCGAUACUCUGUCUUCCAGAGGCUGCAGGAUCAGCUCUGCAGGGCACGGUGGACACGGCCUCGUCUGUCGGGGCUGAGCUGCCUGCGCUGCUGGAGCUCUGCAGAGAGCUGA